GCUUAGCGAGGCUUGCGUUCGGACGGAACGUGCGGUGCGUGUCAUGUAAUUUACCUGCACAGACGUCGAGUAUAUAUCAUUUACGUCGGCUCCAUUGUCACACUCUUUGAAGUGAUACGUUCGCUUGUCGUCCCCCCUCGCAUACAACAUUGAAACACCGCUAACGCCAUCCUCCCUUCCGCUCCUCCGCCCCAAAUCCCGUCCUGGAAUUUACUCGCGGGUCAGGUAAUGUUCAUCGUUAUCAUACACACCUCCUGGGGUUGGCCGGGCCACCUCCUAAAUAGGCCUGAUGUGUGGCUUCCGCACAAGCGUAUAAAUGGCAGGAAAAAUGGGCCUCUACGCUCAUUCACUCACUGCAUCCCUCAUCCUCAUCUCCCUUCUAAUCAUCACAAUGAACGCGCCCCAGCCUGAUCACACAUAUGUCGCCCACGCUGAACUGGUCGCGCUCAGCGCGCGGUUCUUAGACCAUAUACACUAUAACGAUGCGGCUCUGGUGACCUUCGUUCCGAAUGGCUUAUCCAAUGUCAUUUCGAACACGUUCCGAAUCGGGAACUUCCACCGCAAUGUCGCAAUAGCCACACUGUACCUUGUCGAUAAAGUCAAGACAAAAUGUCCCGAGCCUGUGUUCCAGUCCGCCACAGACUGCUUUCUUGCAGCCUUGACCGUGGCGCAAAAGGUCUUGAUGGACCACAACUGGAAUAACGCGGCCAUCGCGACCAUGGCUAGGCAAGGCUACACGCGCGAGAAGGUCGGCGAACUGGAACGAACCCUGCUCACAGCGCUCGAAUAUGCAGUCACCAUCCCGGCGCAGGAGCUGAAAGUCUUUGAGCGGUAUGUGGAAAAACACUUCGGCCAUACACUCGUGUUGGUCCUGCGUGCGAGGCGCGUCGAAAUACUCCAGCCUGGCGUGUGGCCGGACGGCUCCCUCGCACAAUACAACGCCAUUUUGGCCGCGGCGCGUAGGCAAUCGAGGAGCGCGCGCAUCGUCGUGCCCUCGGCAUCUCAACGCGCGUACUUUGAACAAAUUCUCGUGCUCCGUGCGCAGCGAUUUCCGUCGCGGUACGCGAAUGAAUGUCUAUGUGCAUUCUGCUCGCCACCGAAUGGCAACGGCGGAUGGGCGUGA